AUGGAAAACCAGUGCUUACCCCAAAGCAGUGAAGCGAUUCGUGAAGUGGGUUCAUCUGUUGAGAAUGAAGAAUCAAGAAAUUCUUCUUCUAUAUCACGUCACAGUCUAGAUAAGGAGGCAGCUUGUCGAGUGUGCCACUGUGCUGAAUCAGACAAGGUCGGAGUUGCUGCUUUAGGAUUUCUAGGAAUUAUUCCACCGGCACCAGGUAGUGGAGGGGUGAAGCUUGAUUGUCAUCAACAUGUGAAAAAUGAUGAAAACAGUAGCACGAAAGGAUCUGCACUAGUUGAAUUCAUAAGUCCAAAAGGAGAGGUGUUUGUUUGUAAUGGUGAUAUAGAGAUGGGUUCUUAUGAUGAUAACCAGGACUCCUUGAAUGAGCUUGGCUGUGCGUGCAAAAAUGAUCUUGCUAUGGUACACUAUGCUUGUGCACUUAAGUGGUUUGUCAACCAUGGAUCUACCAUAUGUGAGAUUUGUGGAUGUCUUGCAAAAAACAUUAGAACUUCGGAUUUCAAGAAAGUUGUGAGCUCUUUGAAGCAGUAUGAUGCAUUGAGGGAAAGGACUGCAAAUGGGGUCCCUAAUCCUGUGCCGGUUCUGGAAAACUCAACUGUAGAUCCUGAUGCUAUUGCAGCUAUUCGAAGGCAAAGGUUAAGUGAGAUUGCAUUGUGGUUCAAUCCCCAUAACAACUAUCCCACUGCAGUUGUUACCGAACCACCGGCUUCUGGUUCUAACAUUGUUACAGAAGAAGAAGCUCUUCCUGCAGAAAAUACUGCAACCAAAUGGGCUGUUGAGAGUACUGGGAUCCUGCUUGCUACAGGGCUUCUUACUAUCACUCUUGCAUGGCUUAUUGCUCCUCAUGUUGGGAAGACAACUGCCAAAAAUGGACUGCAUAUUCUUCUCGGAGGUGUUUGUGCGUUAACAGUUGUAAUAUUCUUCCGCUUUUUUGUGCUAACAAGAAUCAAAUAUGGCCCUGCUCGAUACUGGGCAAUCCUAUUUGUCUUUUGGUUUCUUGUGUUUGGUAUAUGGGCUUCAAGAACACAUGGUGCCCAUGCUACAUGAUCAUGAGGAUUUGGUGAUAUCUAAUUAGUGCGCUGAUGUUUAGCUGCUUCAUUGAUCUAGUACUGCCAGUGAAGUUGGUGAGAUGAUUAUCAUAAUUCAUACGCAUCUCUGGUGCGAUGCUACUAUGUUUAUGCAGAUGUUAAAAAAAUAUAUAUAUAUAAAAAAAAAAUCUCUAUGUGCUGCUUUGCACGUGUAAGUCAACCUCUUGAUUUUUCUUAUGCUAGGGACAUUGUUGAGAUAUUUCCUCGACAAAUCAAAUUAAUUGUUUGGUCUCCUCCUUGUGCAAGAAAGUUUAAAUUGAAUCCUGAUGGCAGCGUGAAGACACAAAAUGGGGAGGCUGCUUUUGGCGGAAUUUUUAGAAAUGAUCAGGGAAAGUGGAUAAUGAGAUAUUUAGGUAAAGAUGAGACCUACCUCAAGCCUCACCACAUAACUAUGGAGCAUCAAACAAUGACAACAUCAGCUCAAACUCUAGAGGACUGCUUUCUGGGGCGAACGUGCUUCUAAAAGCAGAUGCAGAACAAGCUGACCUCCUCAAUCGUGCCUGUUUUAGUAGACCUAUGGUAACAUCAGAAAAGAACGAGCAAUGGUUUCAGCUCCCCAUGGAAGAAGCUUUUUACCUUCAUUAUUCUCUAAAAUGCAUUAAGGUUGUUAACCACAAUGACACUGAACUAAACAACGACGAGUUAUGGAAGCAUAUGACAUCCAGGAAGGAAUAUUUUCCUGUCUUAUUCAAAGAUUUUUCUCACCCUAGAGGUAAGAACUGGGUGACUAGAUCGGUGUCUCAGUAAGGAGUAGCCUUUGUUGCCUAUCGUCAUCAUCGUACAUUCUGAAUAUGCUGUGCUGGUUUUAUCAGCUCAAGAUGGCAGUGCAAAUGGUCGCUUGAGGGUUUGGUCCGUCUUCACAAUGCACUCUUCGCCUCUGGUAGUGCACUAGUGUGGCAAAAACAUUAUUAAUUCUGGAUAUGGAGCAACAGCAAAGUUGGCAACUUCUCCAUCGUGCUUAGAUAAUUAUGUUGUUGAAGAGAGAACAAUCACAAGAUGGAGUCCAUAGCAAGGCCCUGAGAAAAAAAAAAGGUGACCCAAGUGUAAAGUAGAUUGACAUUUGAGUAUUUGCCUCUUCUUUAGUAUAAUCCUGGUAAAGCGCCAUAGCUGUGAACAUAAUCCUCAUUUGAGUGUUUGCCUCUUUUUUAACUGCCAUCUUUAGUCACAUUUGAGUAAUAAAAUCCUCAUUGGUUUGUUUGAA